ACUACGCAUGCGCACACGUCACCCCAUAAACAUCGAGUACAAACAUACCGGAUCAAAAAUGCGCUGUAUCUAAUUAUUCAUCAUCUGUAUACAUACAGGGGCCGAAAAUUAUAAUGGCAUUUGUUAGUCGCUACAUGCCUGCGAGAGAGAUUUGUUGUCGGUAGGACCACAAGCACUUGUGAUUGUUUCAGGUAAGGACAGAUAUAUGACGGACCGUAAUGGCGUGGAUGAGUGUUAAAAAUUCUACUGGAUGUCAAAAUGCAAAUGAUUCUCUCUAAACCAACAUUAAAAACUCUGUUUGGAGUUUAUGGUGUCAUUCACAGACAGUCUCUGUUAUUGCCAUCUCCCCUGAGAUGCUCAGCUGUACUAAGCACCAUAAACAUCUAUAAGCGUGAUUACCGCAGACCAGGCCAGCCUCUAGACAACCGCUGGCCCUGGCAAAAGAUACAGUUUGAUUUCUCCAAAGGUGUGGAGGGUAUCAAGAAGCACAUUGGGUUGUUGAAGGAUGAGUUUGUUCAACCCUUGAUUGGACCUGAAGGACGGCCGUUAUUACAUCACAUGCUGGAACAAACACGCGUCCAGUGGGAGUUUCGUGGACCAGAGAGUCUCAAACAGUGGAUGGUGUCAUCCGAUCAAGAGAUUGGGGGCCGCAGUGAGGCAUACAUCAAACUAGGCAAGAACAACAUCACAUGUUUGCUGUACGGGACCUUGUGCUCUACACCUCCUCGUGAUGGAGAGACACGAUACAGUGGAUACUGUACUCUGCGCUCCAAACUACCUCUGGCCUCAUUUGACAGAAAAAAAACCUAUGACUGGACAAAUUUCAACACGUUACAUAUGCGUAUCCGGGGAGAUGGAAGACCGUGGAUGGUAAACCUGGCUGCUGAUACCUUCUUUUCUCAUAACAAAGAUGACAUCUACAGUUACUUCCUCUACACUAGAGGGGGACCCUACUGGCAGGAUGUCAAGAUCCCAUUCUCCAAGUUUCUAUUUUCCAGCCGGGGAAGAAUACAGGAUAACCAAAAUGUCCUCUGGUUAGAUAAGAUAAAGACUAUUGGUUUUACAUUGGGGGAUAAAGCAGACGGCCCGUUUCAGCUGGAGAUUGACUUCAUUGGUCUGGCCAAUGACCUUGCCCACACAGAGGAGUUUGCAUAUGAGCUUUACAAGAGAAACCCGGAAGUCUAAUUGUAAUUGGAAAUAGAUUCAGCAAUUGUAGAUGACAGACAGACACUGAUUUAUUAUGAAAAACUACACACACACACAAAAUGACAACAUGUAAGACAAAAUAGUACAAAACGAUAAUUUAUGAAUUCAGCUCAUAUUCAAAUAAACAUUUUGUGUGACCGAAGUUUUGAGUGACUUCACUGUUUUUAUCUUUACAAUUACUUUAUGCCCAAUACAAAUAACAAUUCAUACUAAAAAUACAUCAGGGCAAACACUCUUUUUACACAAAUCAAAAUUUUAAAAGUUUAAAUUCUUAUCUAUAAAUGGAUUUAAAAACAACAAAUGCUUUAGUUGGGUGACCUCACCUCAUACUAAGCAUAUUAACCUAGCAAAAAAAUGUUUACAGAACAGCAAAAUAUGUACAAAAGUUUGGAAAAAAAAAAAAAAGCUAAACAUGUACAGUGAGUGUAUAAAAUAGCAAACAGUAAAAACACUGGAGUUAGGCCAUGACCAGACCUCGCCUGGCACCCAACAUCUUCUCUUUCUUUUGUUUUCGGUCUUCUGUCUGCUUGGCACGUCGCUCCUCUCUAAAAAAAUAAAUAAAUAAAAAGGCAAAA